AUGACUCUUCCUUCCGAGCUCCCGAUCUAUCCACCUGCGACCCUUGAGGCUUCCAGCGCACGGAUCUCGCUGGUCUACAAGAACACAAUCUUCCACGAGGAUGAAGAGGAGGAUGGGAGCGCAGGAGCAUCUCAGGGCGAUUCGGGCAGCUUCGAAGUAACCGUCGAACAGUCGGCAUACAUCAGUUGGCCCUCGACUGCCAGUGUUUCGCGUCGUGUCAGCUGUUCCCGAGCAUACGCAGUGGACUCCGCCUCCGCUGCGCUUGCCUCUGUCUCGCGCCUACCGAGAGGAGACGAGACACAAGACGAGACUCAGUCCAGCGCCGCAUACUCCAACUCGUCUUCCAUCGCCCACUUCCCAGCAUUCCGCUUCAGCCUCCACGCGCUGAACUCGCUCAGCGAGCUGCAUGUACCCGGAAAAUCGAAUCCUGCCGGCUCUGAUAAACCCGCUCCCAACUUCUUCGGCGCCGCGAAGAAGGAAGCCGCUAAAUCGCCUCAGCGGCGCGUGACCCUCCUACUCGCCCUCCUCGAGGUAGACGGGCCGGACACCGUACGCGUGAAGGCAGGCACUGAUGCGGGGAGGGAGGUGUCCGUGUUGAGGAUGGUGCUGGGGGAUGAGGCGGGGAAGGUGUGCAAGUUGACUGCGUGGCGGGAGGUGGCGGAUGCGUGGGCGGCCGCGGGGGUGAGGCGUGGGGAUGUGGUACUUUUGGAAAACGUUAACGCCGCUUGCGAGCCCGGGACCUCACCGAGUUUGACUGCAUCGCCCUUCCUGCAGUCGAGGCUCGAGAUAUGCUAUCGCACAAUGCCUGCGGAACGCUCGGACUACUUGCUUCGCCCUGAUCUGCGAUUAGGAGGGAUAGACCCAGCACUACGUCGUGUCGAAGCUGUGGUUCGAUGGUUCGAGCAGAUGGCGAGGCUAGAGCCAGCUAGUAUGAGGAACGUGCCCACCAUCCCCGCCUCCAUCCUCGCUGCGAGUAGCGCAGCGGCGACGAAGAUACUCCCUGCAGAGGCUGCAGAGCGGGUUGCGACCUUCCUCGCGCCGGGCGAUGUCACCGUCAUAACGGGGGCUGGAAUCAGUGUGGAUAGCGGGAUUCGUGCAUACAGGGGUCACGAUGGGAGGUACAUGAAUCCGGAUUACAAGCCCAUCUUCUACCACGAAUUGGUCGACCCGACCCCGGUAGGGCAUCUAUUCAGACAGCGGUACUGGCUCCGCUCGUACCUCGGCUAUCCCCCAGUACGCGACGCGCUCCCGAACACAAGUCACUACGCGCUCGCUGCUCUGCAGCACUCCUCGAUCGUUACCCGCCUGGUGACGCAGAACGUCGACGGCCUCCACCAUCGCGCCCUAGCGCGAGUAUGGGGCCCUGCGCAGAUGCAGGAGCGCAUAUUAGAACUGCACGGAACGUUACAUCAAGUGCGCUGCCGGCGGGGGCACCUGAUCGACAGGGGGACCUUUCAAGACUGGUUAUCCGGGGCGAACCCCCGGUGGAAGGAGUUCGCAGAAGAUUUCGAGCGGACUGGGCAGCAGCCAAGGACGAACCCGGACGGUGACGUCGCGAUUGAGCAUCUGGGGGUCUCCUACAAAGACUUUGUAAUCCCAGAGUGCCCGACAUGCCUGCAGGAACAUACACACAACAAUGUGCACAAGCCGGAAGUCAUCUUCUUUGGCGAAUCCAUACCAGAGUACUGGAAAGAGAGAUCCAUACAUGACGUUGAACACGCCUCGCGGGUGAUGCUCAUUGGCACAACGCUGGCCACGUAUUCCGCCUUUCGACUUGUCAAGCAUGCUCUGGAGCUCAAGAAGCCCGUGCUGUUGCUGAACGUCGGGCCCACACGCGCAGAUGGCCUACCAGGUGUAGAGAAGAUUGAAAUCGCAAGCGGUGCGAUACUGCGCGACGUCGUCCGGCUGGUGCUGAAGGCCGGCGGUUGCCGAGACCCUCAUAAAGGCCCGCGCGCGGCGCGAGUCCUGGCGCCGACCACUUUCCCGCUACCAUUCCUGACGUUCCCGACCGCCGUUGUCGCCGCCGUCCUCAACGUCCGUCGCCGCCAGCAGCAUCCCCGACUCCAGCAAGUAUCCCGCGGGCCCCCAGCCAGCCAGACGUGUCCCCCGCCUAGAAGAGCGACCGAGGACCCCCUCCCCAGCAACCUAGUACUAUAUAAUAUCAGAAGCGACAAAGCGAGAUGCCCAAAGUCAGAUCGUCACGCGCCUCCACCCGUGGCAACAAGCAGGCUUCGUCGUCCGCGCAGCCAUACAGCACCGGCGGCUCCGACUCUGUGGCAGUCGCCCGGCUCCGGCGCGAGAACGACUUGCGCAACGACGAGAUGGCCGAGGUCAUCGACCCCUACAAUGUACAAUGUCGGCAGUGCAACAAUCGUAUCAAGCUAUCCGAGAAGAGCAUGUGGGACCUCUACCACUGGACCGUUCACAAGAACCGAUGCAAGGGACGGGGGCCACAGGCCCUCGCGAAGGCGCGCGAGCAGGCAGCCAAGGCCAAGCAGGCAAAGCCUCAGGCGUCCCCCGCACCCCCGGCCACCCCUCAGCCACCCGCAAGCAUGA